AUGGCUUCAGCCACGGCUACAACUGUUCUAGCUGAGAGGGGGAGGGACGAGCAGAGGGAUUGGGCGGCGGCGUGGGACAGUUCCUUGGGCAUGGCGCUCUCCUCGAUCACCAUGGAGAGGGUCACGAGGCGGCACCGUGGUGGGGGUAGCGGGCGCAUGAGCUCUUCGUUCAGCAACGAUUUAGUGAGAGAUUGUUCUAAUAGGGGCUGCAGGGUCGACAUAUACGAGAUAAACUCGCUUGGUACUGCUACUGGCAGUGCUUCCUUUAGUGAGGAGAAUCUAAGUUCUCUGUUUGAUCUGUUUAAUGUUGUACUUCCGAAGUUAUCCAUAACCAAGGCUGAGGGACUGUGGCAUACGGCCAUGAAAUUGUUUUCUCACGAUAAGAUAUAUUUUAAAAAGCUGGUGAAGUGUGCAACGUUAUCAUUAAGUUCGGCUGGUGGGAGCGAUUGUGGAGCUUCAGUCGCUUCUGCUAUUGUCGGAUGGGUUUUGCAGAAGGAUGGUAUUAAACAAGCUAGGAAGAUGUAUAAGAGAUCUUUGGCUUUACUGCGUCCCAGUCUUAAGUUCUUCCAGUUCUGCAUAGAGCUGGAAGGUAACCUUGCAUCAACGGGAAACCAUGAUGCAUUAGUAACUGCGCGUAAGCUGUUUGAUUCAGCAAUGAACCAUUAUCCGCAAGAAAGAGAACUUUGGAGGAAGUACUACAACAUGGAGUUGAAGGUGGGAACAUCGGAAACAUCAAAUGCUAUCUACUGGCGUGCCCGAAAGGUGCUCAAUGACCCCAGUGCCCUCCAUUCUCCGUAG